CAAAGAGACACAAAUUUGUGUCUGAAAAGUUGCAGUUCGUACCCAGCCUAAGUACAAAUUACUUUUUUGUCUCUAGUUAAGACACAAAUUUGCGUCCUAUUGAGAUAAACUUAAGAGCUCACCCUUCAAAAUUGUACUGCCCCAUUUAGAAUGUAGGCCGGCACGGCUACCACGCAGCGGGUUGUACGUACUUACAUUCGGUGAUCCGACAGCGAAAGACACGACAAGGGCCGAGCAUCCCCGUCUCCGCUGUCGGAUACGCAACGCGCCUGCGGGUCGACAGUCCCGCCACACCAGGCCACUGCCCGUUGGGUUGCCUAUGGCGCGGGCGACUCACCCGGCGACUCCCACCGCCAGGGCCAGGCCAGCUGAGCAGACCGCGGAGUGUUUACAACCCCUCACAAGCGUCUUUCUCGAGUGCGCUUUCAACGGGUAGUUGCGGUGGCUACAUGGAAUAAAGACGUUUGAAAGUUCUUAUGCGACGUUGUUUUGCAGUUUCUCACUUUCCCAUUUGUCGUGUUUCUGGUUGCCCUACUGCUCAACGAUCCGGAUUUACUGGAUGUAACAAAAACUAUUUUGAACUAUUUUUGCUCCCGUCUGAGACGUCGACCGAGCUCCUCAUGGCUUUGGCACGCCCGCCCGGGUCGCGCCUGCUGCUGGUCGCCACGCAGACGGCCUCGUGGACCGUCGCCCAGCACGUUGGAGCGUGCCAGAAGGUGCUCACCCCCAUGACGGUCGAGCACGUUGCCAUCAGACCACUAGUCGGUUAUUAUGGGAAGAUCGGCUGCAUUAGCCUGUUGAUACAGAACUUCGCCUCGGCCGGGGCGGGGGCGUGCAAUGUCCACUGUGUGAUGGAGGCGACGAACGGCGACCAGACCAGCCGGGCAGAGGGACGCGUCUGUUUGAAUUACGCCCCAGGACAGGACGGUAAUAUAGUGGAGGUUAUGUCGCUACCGUGCCUAGGCCAAACCUUCAACGAGCUGCAAGUGAGCUUUGCGAUCUUUGACGCAUCUACCUGUAGCCCACCUACUGGCGUGGGUGUCGGCCUCAACAAGUGCCGCCUGGCGGGCACGCUCUGCGAUGUGAAGCUGGUGGUGGACGGCGGCGUGGAGCUGGCCGCGCACCGCGCGGUGCUGGCCGGCCGCAGCCAGGUGCUCAACAGGAUGCUGACCGGGGACUUCAAGGAGGCCCGCGAGGCCCGCGUCGAGCUGCUGGACUUUUCCAGGGCCGCUGUUGAAAAGUUUUUAGAGUACCUGUACCUGGACCAUGUAGAGGACUGGGACUGGGGCGGCAGCGAACUCGAACUGCUGCAGCUCGCCGACAAGUACAUGGUGCGGGAGCUGUACUCGGACUGCUCCCUGAGGCUGUGGUGCUGCGACUCCCGCCGCGCCCUGGAGGUGCUGCACGCGGCUGGCCUCACCGACAUCCUGAGCAGCAAGCUGCGUCAGCGGCUCACGGGCAUCGUAGUGGCGGACAUCAAGGCCUUGGUCGGCACCGAGCAGUGGACCGCGUUCCGAAAGAGGUAUGCCACCAUCGCCGACACCAUACUAGGCUCCACCGCCAGGCUUCGCAAAACUGUCCAGUGA